ACUCGGCUCGGCCUAGCGCGCGAACCACCACCAUGUGCCCUUGUCCCGUAUGAGCCAGAAUCGUUGUCGCAAGCUCACGGGCGCCCGCACCACCAAUCCACCACAGCACAGCGCAGGCGGCUUUCAGAUUCGGCUGGCGCUCGGAGCACUGAAGAGCACAGGGAAGAAGAAGAAGAAUAAGAAGAAGAGCUCUGGGAGAGCGGGGGCGAUGGUGGCGCAGAAUCAGAGGACGCCGGGAGACCAGGUGUUCUGGCCCAAGGUGGUGCUCAAGAAAUGGCUCAACCUCAGGAGCAAGGACGCCAAGUUCAACGCCGACGAGGACGACGGCGACGACGACGGGGAGCAAGAGGAGAGCUGCGGCUGCGACGGUGCCGAGGCGGAGCGGGAGGCCGGCGGCGUGGACAUCGCCGAGGAGAGCCUGGACGCCGCGCCGUACAAGCUGCGGCGGCGGAACUCGGAGACGAUGCGCGCGCAGUACAUCAGCACCAAGGAGCUCAGGAUCUGCAUUGGCACGUACAACGCCGCCGGCAUAGAGCCGCCGGAAGGCCUGGACAUCGCCGAGUGGCUCGGUACCACCGGCGGCGAGCAGGCCGACAUGUACGUGCUCGGCUUCCAGGAGGUGGUGCCGCUCAACGCCGGCAACGUGCUCGGCGCCGAGGACGUCCGGCCGGCGCUGGCGUGGGAGGCGCUGAUACGCGACACGCUCACGCGGACCCAGCCGUCCUGCUCGAGGCCCAAGUACAGGUACCGCAGCCACCCGGCCACCCCGACCCGCGACGGCUCCGACGAGCUGUUCCCCGGCGGCACCGACACCGAAACCGAUGACGACGCGCCCUUCAGCUUCCCGGUGUACCCCGAGGAGUACGUGGCCGCCACCCCCAGGAUGCUCGGGGCCAUGGUGGACAUAGAGGACGAGCAGCCAAGGGCGCAGCAGAGGGCGCUCCUGAAGACGAUGAGCAAGACGGACAGGAUCGGGCUCGCCUGGCCGGAGCAGCCGCUGGACCUGAUGGCCACCGCGUCCUUGUCAUCGGCGUCGUUCAAGUCGCCGAGAUCGUUCGGCGCGCACAGGUCGUUCAUGAAGUCCAGGGCCGCCGCCGACGACUGCCCGGCCAUGGUCCCUGACCUGGACCUGGACCUCGACGGCGAGGCCGCGCGUGGUCAUGGCAAGAAGAAGGGCGGCGUCAGGUCGCCGUUCGUGAGGAUCGUGAGCAAGCAGAUGGUGGGCGUGUUCCUGACCAUCUGGGUGCGGCGCGGCCUGCGGAGGUGCGUCCAGAACAUCAAGGUGUCCACCGUGGGCGUGGGCGCCAUGGGCUACAUCGGCAACAAGGGGUCGGUGUCGGCGAGCAUGUCCAUCUACCAGACCAUGUUCUGCUUCGUCUGCACCCACCUGUCCGCCGGCGAGCGGCCCGGCAACCUCCUCAAGCGGAACGCCGACGUGCAGGAGAUCCACCGGCGGACGCGCUUCGCCGGCCCCGGCGGCCUCGAGCUGCCCCGAGACAUCUACGACCACGAGAGGAUUUUCUGGCUGGGCGAUCUGAACUACCGGAUCGACGUGCCGUACGACAGAACCCACGGCCUGAUCGCCGCCAUGGACUGGCCUCAGCUAGCCGAGAAAGAUCAGCUGAAGCGGGAGCUGAGGAAGGGGCGGGCGUUCGAGGGUUGGAGCGAGGGGGUGCUGGAGUUCGCGCCGACGUACAAGUACGAGAUCGGGACGGGCAAGUACAUCGGCGACGACCAGAAAGGGGGGAGGAGGACGCCGGCGUGGUGCGACCGGGUGCUGUCGUUCGGGAAGGGGGUGAGGCUGCUGGGCUACGGGAGGUCGGAGCUGACGCUGUCGGACCACAAGCCGGUGACGGCGACGUACGCGGCGGAGGUGGAGGUGUUCUGCGGGCGGAAGCUGCAGAGGGCGCUCACGCUCACGGACGCCGAGGUCGAGAGCGGGGACGUGGUCGUGCCGGACCUCGAGUUUUGAGCUGGUUGAAUUGAGGGGCAUCUCACCGGCGGCGCCGAACACGACAUGGACAUGCACGUAGUUUUCAGCUGCGUCGACAAAUCUUGGACGGGAUGGUGUCGUGUGGGUGAUGCUCCGCUCUGACGAAACAUGUGUGACGGUGUCAGCCGGUCUGGUGGUGUAAUCAUCGGCAGAUCAAUGAAUUUAUAGGAUUUUUUCCCUUCA